AUGGCUGACGCCUUGAAGCAGAAAGAGGCUUCUUCGAGUGAGGCCAACAUUUUGGCCGGAGCAGGCUCACCGGUGCCGAUUGAGCCACAGGCGAAGGACUCUGCCGGCAAGGAGAACAAAGAGGGCCUCUCGCAGCUUGGAGUAAAGAAAGCGAACCCAGAAGCCACAUUUAAGGAAAUUUCAAAUAUUUUGGGAGCAAAAUGGAAAAAUGUUACAGCAGAAGAGAAGAAACCUUACGAGGAAAAGUACCAAGCCGACAAGGAAGCCUACUUGAAGGUUAUUGGAAAUGAGAAGCGCGAGAAUGAAGCCAUGAAGCUGUUGGAGGAAGAGCAGAAACAGAGAACUGCCAUGGAGUUGCUUGAGCAGUAUUUACAGUUCCAGCAGGAAGCAAAAGAAGUGGACAAGAAGAAGACCAAGAAAGAGAAGGAUCCCUUGAAACCAAAGCAACCAAUGUCAGCAUUUUUCCUGUUUGCAAGUGAGCGAAGAGCAGCUCUACUUGCAGAGAACAAGAGUGUGCCGGAGGUGGGCAAGAUCACAGGAGAGGAAUGGAAGAACAUGACAGAGAAACAGAGAAGACCUUAUGAAGAGAGGGCGAAACAAAACAAGGAAAAGUACAUGGAGGAAAUGGAGGCCUACAAGCAGAAAAAGGAGGAAGAGGCUGUGAAUCUCACGAGGGAAGAGGAGGAGUUGAUGAAAAUUCAGAAGCAGGAAGCUUUACAGUUGCUGAAGAAGAAGGAGAAAACAGAGCACAUAAUUAAGAAAACCAAAGAGAAUCGCCAGAAGAAGAAGAAGCAGAAGGAAGAGUCUGAUCCAAAAAAGCCCAAGAAGCCCGCGUCCUCAUUCCUCCUAUUCAGCAAGGAGGCAAGGAAGAACUUAAUGGAAGAAAGGCCGGGAAUUAACAAUUCCACCCUCAAUGCCUUUAUUUCAGUGAAAUGGAAGGAACUGAGUGAAGAAGAGAGACAAGUGUGGAAUGAGAAAGCUGCAAAGGCUAUGGAGGCAUACAAGAAGGAAAUAGAGGAGUACAGCAAAUCUGCAGCCGCCAAGGAAGAUAGCCCACAGCAAUGA